AUAAUCAAUUGAUAAUACAAAAGAUUAUCUAAUAAUUUACUCAGAAUAUAAAAGUACUUAAACGAACUUAUAUAUAAAAGGAACUAAGACAAAGGGAUUAGUUAGUAAUCUAUCUCUGAUAACUUACAUCUGUAAAUGAAGUCUUUGCAGAAAUGGUGCUAACAGUGUGGAUAUGGUGCUUUCUUGUGUCAGCAAGUCAAGUGGUAAUAGCUCUGGAAAAUGGAUUAGCUAGGACGCCACCCAUGGGGUGGUUGGCCUGGGAAAGAUUUAGAUGUAAUACUGACUGCAAAAAUGAUCCUGACAAUUGUAUAAGCGACCAACUAUUUCGAACAAUGGCUGAUAUUGUUGUAGCAGAUGGUUAUGCAGCAGUAGGAUAUGAAUAUAUUAAUAUAGAUGAUUGUUGGUUAGAGAAAGAUCGAGAUUAUAAUGGUCAAUUGGUCCCAGAUAGGAAACGUUUCCCAUAUGGGAUGAAAAAUUUAGCUGAUUAUAUUCAUUCAAAAGGACUUAAAUUUGGAAUCUAUGAAGAUUUUGGCAAUUACACAUGUGCUGGUUAUCCUGGAGUAAUUGGAUAUUUAGAAACUGAUGCAUUGACCUUUGGAUCUUGGGAUGUAGAUUAUGUAAAACUUGAUGGGUGUUAUGCACAUCCAUCAGAAAUGGAUAGAGGAUAUCCAGAAUUUGGAUUCUAUUUAAAUCAAACAGGCAGACCUAUGAUAUAUUCAUGCAGUUGGCCUGUUUAUCAAAUUUAUGCUGGUAUGCAGCCAAACUUUACUGCCAUAAUAGAACAUUGCAACCUCUGGAGAAAUUUUGAUGACAUACAAGAUUCUUGGAACAGUUUAGAAAGUAUUAUUGAUUACUAUGGAAAUAAUCAGGAUUCUAUUGUACCAAAUGCUGGACCUGGACAUUGGAAUGAUCCUGAUAUGUUAAUUAUUGGUAACUUUGGUUUAAGUUAUGAACAAAGUAAAACACAAAUGGCUCUAUGGGCUAUUUUAGCUGCACCUUUAUUAAUGUCUGUUGAUCUUCGAACAAUCAGACCAGAAUACAAAGCUAUUUUACAAAACAAAAAAAUAAUUGCUGUGGAUCAAGAUCCACUUGGUAUACAAGGUCGUCGUAUAUAUAAACAUAAAGGUAUCGAAAUAUGGGCACGACCAAUAACGCCCAUACAUCAAUCAUAUUAUUCUUAUGCAAUUGCGUUCUUGAAUAGAAGAACAGAUGGUACACCUUCGGAUGUUUCAGUCACAUUAAAAGAACUUGGCUUACAAUAUCCUGGAGGAUACAAAGUAGAAGAUUUAUACGAGGAUGUGAACUAUGGUGUCUUAUUGCCACAUACAAAGAUAAAAGUUAAAGUAAAUCCAUCUGGCGUAGUUAUUCUACGAUGUGAUUUACAACUUGAUGACAUCUAUACCUCAAGUCAUUAUACACCUUAUGAUCCUUUAAAUCAAGUUUUUAAAGUUAGACAAAAUCCAUAUGAAUAAUGAAAUGUUCAAUACUAAAUUUUUCUUUUUUUAUAUCUUUUUACUAUAAAUAUUUGAUCAUGCUAUAAUAUAUUUCUGAAAAUAA